UGGAAUCCCCUGCUGCUGACAAGGUGCCAGGGGGCAGAGAGAAGAAUCUAUUCUCCUUUUAGUUCCCCCCUCCUUUGCUCCUUUAUCUGAUCUGUUUGUCCUGAAGCAGCACAGGAAUACACAAGGGAAAAUCUGGGCACUGGAGACCCAGCCGAGGAACACCUGACCCUGGCGGUGAGCUCAGCAUGGGGGCUUCUCAUGGAAAGAUAAAGGCGUAUAACAUCGAGCAGCAGAGUGUGAAAAGUGGAAAACAUGUGAAUGGCGUGGCUUCAGCAUAUGCUGAUAUCCAAUGGGAACAGCCUCAUCAACCUGAAAUAACAUAUGAUGACCCACUGCGAUGCCCACGCAGGAAUAUUCUUCCCGUGGCCAGCUACGCCCCUCAUCCUGGCUAUGCACAAGGGGAUGAUGAUCUUAUCAAGCCCAAAAAGCUGAUUAAUCCAGUGAAAGCUUCUAAAAGCCACCAGGAGCUACACAAGGAGCUGCUUAUGAAUCACAAACGGGGCGUGGAGAAUAAACCAGAGCUCCAGCGUGUAUUAGAGCAAAGGAAGAGAGAUCAGAUGAUCAAACAGAGAAAGCAAGAGGAAGAGGCUCGGAAGAAGAUCUCACCUCUGGAGCAAGAGCUUCUCAAGAGACACAAACAACUGGAGGAGCUGGAGCGGGAGCAGGAGCGUCAGGAGGAGAGCUCUCAAAGUGCUCCUGAAUUCAUCAAGGUCAAAGAGAAUCUUCGAAGAACAUCGGUCAUGAGCACUGAAGAGAAAGAGGUGUAGAGGAUGAAACCGGAAUAGAUCUCUGUGCUUCUUCCUCUCGCUUUCUGUCUUUCUCUAUUUCUCUGUCUUACACAAAUAUAUGUUCCUUCUGGACAAAACAUGUGACUCCAGAAUUCUAAGAUGGGUGUCAAAAUAGAAGACAGAAAAGACUGAGAAAUUAAGAUUGUUUGGAUGGAUUCAGACUUUUUCUGCAAGUCUUUUAUUAUGAGACAGAUCUGCUAGUUGGAGGUGAUGACGUUGUGUUUCUCUGCAGAGGCAUCAGAGCGUCUUUAAUUAACUUCUAACGUAAGAUCUUUACACCGUAUACAAUCAGUAUUAUUGCAUAUUGUUGGAUUCCCAACUGCCAAGUGCACUGCACAUCCCAGAUAUUUGAGGAAUUGUUGGCUGGAAUACAAUGUUAUUGUGGGGUUUUUUUUCUGAUGUAUAACAAUCAGCACAAGUCACUUUUGUUCAUAAAUGGAAUGAAAUAACUUUUCACUUCUGAUGUGAAUACAUUUAAAAAGCUGCAUGUGCGUGCAAGAUGUUGGCUAAAAUCAGACCGGAUCUCAAUUACUGUGAGACGACAAUAACUCAGUGACGGCAGACCUGCCUACCUGGAUGAGGAGUAAUGCUUAGCCUUGCUGAAAGGGGGGGAUGCAGUAAAAACAAGGAUAUCACUGUAAAUUUUUGACAUACUCCUCCACUUUUUUUAAGAGGCUUGCGAAUUCCUUUCAGAGAAACUUUAAAAUUGUUUCACAUGGCCUGAGAUUUUCUCACUGUUGAUCUGCUGCUUAGAUCGCUUAAGGGUUUCUGAACAAUGACCAUUGUCGUGUUAAUUGUUUUUGAAAUGCUAGGUGUUCCGACAUUUUUUCCCCUUUUUUUCAUUUUUAGCCAAAAACCAAAAGUGCCGGUUUUGACCAUUUUUUAAAGUCAGGUUAAGAGAACUAAAGAAUAUAGGCAAAAACUUUACUAUUGAUGGAAAGAGGUAAGGGCUUCCAGGGAGUGUCAAUUAAUAUUGCAAUUUUCAAACCACUUACAUAACUGUAAAUCAUAACAGAAUCAUACAAUAUACUGUAUACCUUUUAGACUGCUUUUUAUUUCAGUCAUAGCUCAUCCUUUUGUAUUAUCGUACGAUGUUACACUGUGAAUCUCCUCAAAAUGCAUGAAGGUUGGCAGGUCUGUCAUGAUCACAACCCAGGAUUUUUUUUUGUUAAAGGUGUGUUGUGAUGCCUAAAUGUCUCUGUUCUUUUUUUCCGUGCCUUUAUGAGAGCUACAGAACAGACCGUGCAGGCAAAGCGCCUGACCGUUCCUGCAUUCCAAUCAGUGUAUCACUAUGUAGUGUGCAUCAGAAUAGUUAUGUGACAUAUAAGUUAAUGAUGCAUCAUAUAAAGCAUGGUGUGUGUGUGUGUGUGUGUGUGUGUGUGUGUGUGUAUCUGUGAAAGAGAAGGAAUGAAAGCGUGAGAGGGAGCGAGAGGGGGUAAAACACAAAAGGAUAAUCAGGAAUCAAAUUCGCACACUAGAUUAAACUGUUCAUGACUUUACAUUUACAUAUAAAGUAGACAUUCAGUAUAAAUAUUUUUUUUCUUUCUUUCUUCGUUUUUUACCCUGAUGUUUUAGUCAUAAUUGUGGUUGUUUAGAAAAAAAAUAUGGAAUAAAAAUAUAUGUGAAUAUAUAUUUUUGCUUUUAUUAGUUUCUAAAGUCAACUCAAGUAACAUAUAAAAAAUACAUUUGAAUAACAGUCAAUAUUAAAAUCAUGUUUGUUUUAUUAUUGCUUUAUGCUUUUAUGAUGUAAAAUAUUGGUUCAUUGAAUGCCAUACACUGACACGGUUUUGUUCUGUAUUAUUUCAACACCUUCAAUUAAUCAAAUUAAUGACUUUUUGAUUGUUAUCAACAAAUGAAGGCACAUAGACUAACACACAAUUGUAUAAUUAUAGUGGCAAAAGUGAUAUUACUUUAUAUAAAAUAAACUAAAAGUGAUACUAUAA